AUGCUCCUUCGCAGCUUGCCGUUCACCACACGAAAACUCCAAAUCAGCACGUUUAGAGUAUCUACAGCAAGAAAGGGACGCGUUAAUGUCCAUAUUCAUGCCACCCAAUCCGUGUUGCAGUCCCUCACGGCGGAAACAAGAGUGAACAAUCUAGACCACGGUGAUAAUGGAAACCGCGUAAAUCAAGAUGUACAAGAGUUUCUUAAGUUGGUACAACGCCGACUGUCCAAGAAAAAGCCUCCACCCUCUUCGACUGUCCAGACCAAGAUCGACAUCCGAACAUUACAACACCUGUGUCAAGCAGCCAUCGAUAACCAGCUUGCGUGGCUGGUUGUGCAUCUUUUUCGCACCGCAAAGUACCAGGGAGUACAACUAGCACCCUUGUACUCUUCGAUUCUCCCCGCGUUGAUUGACGCCCGUGAAUGGAAUGGUCUCAGGGAUCUACUCAAAUUUCUUCGUCCUCGAGUAGAUUGUUCGAGCAGACUAGUCAACGCCCAACUCCGUCUGGAUCUCCACAACGAAGACUACAGCAAACUGACACUGCAGAGUGUCGAGGCGGACUACCCAAAGUACACCAAGUUUAACCGAGAAACUUACAACCUCCUCAUUGAAGCGAGGAUUGCCAACCGCGAUAUGGAAGGACUCCGUCAGAUCCUAAUCCAGAUGCAAGCUAGAGGUGUCGAGAUUGGAGAGGACACGCACCGUGCUAUACUAUCACGCAUGGCGGCAGUCGGACCCAACGAGGAGCUGGAGAAUAAGAUUGUCUCAUACCUAUAUGGCAUCAACCCCUCUAUCGACACGGUCAUUCUCAAUCACCUCAUUCGUCUUCGAAGUAUCGCACGGGACGAUGCAGUCAUCGAGCGAUAUUUGGCCAUGCUUCAGAGGGAUGGAGAGUCGGAAACCGCAUUUGGCCCUUUGACGCCUGCCGUACCAGACAUGACUACUUUGGCGCUGUUGGUGGAGCAUUUCGGCAGGCGCAAGAAUCUGGAUGGUGCACAGCGUGUGAUUGACACGGUCGAUCAUCUGGGUCUCAAGCCGACCCACGAGCUCCUCGCUCACCUAAUCUACGUGUAUCACCGUGUAGAUCGACUUCAGGACGCGUUGACACUCAUGUCACGACUCCUCUAUCACCUCCAACCACCGCUUCAGCGGAGGCUGCGGGUCCUGCUUCAAGAUUUAGGAUGGGAGCAAUCUGAUGCCACUACGCCGAUUCCACUGCGUCCAAAUGUCUACAUCUUCAACGCACUCCUUUCUUUCGUUCUCCAAAAGAGGGGUAUAGCGGCGAUUCAGCCCAUUCUCACCAUCAUGAAGUACAAUCACGUACUACCAGAUGAUGACACUGUCAGGAUUGUCAUGCUUCACCUCUCACGGACGGAGAAAGUGGGCUUUGACACGCUUGUUCAGUUCCUCCAUCGAUGUCUCAUUAAUCGUGGAUUCAAGCCGCAGAUUCGGCAUGUAAACAUUGUGUUUCAUGCACUAUUGCGCGAGUAUCGUGAUCGUGUCAAAGGUCACGGGGGAUGGAGAGCAGCUGCGGCGCGACUCACAAUAUCCGAUACGCGCGAUAUUUCUGCCGCUUCAGAGAAGCCGAAGACAAUGUUCCGGGCACUCGGGACCUCACAGAAUGCAUUUGACCUCUCUCAUGGUGGUCUACGCGCGAUCCUGAUCUCUGUCAAGGAGUCCGGAGCUCGACAGGACCACGCGACAUACUCGCUCCGUAUGUUCUACCAUGCGAGAGUAGAAAAGGACGUUGAGAGUGUCGAAAGGCUUUAUGAGAACAUGGUUCAGCUCGAACUCUGUCCCAACGCGUACCACGUUGCCGCCCUUGUUGAUGUGCACCUCCUCAAUGGAAACAUUGAUCUUGCGCUCCAACGGAUUGCUCGAGCGCAAAAGGAUGGUGUAAAACUGCACCCUGCGCUGUACACCAUGGUCAUCUGUGCCUUUGGCGAUGCGGGUCAACCUGACAAGGGAUUGGAGGUCUACAAACAGAUGAUGGCCAACAACGUACGUCCAGAUAUUGCGAGUCUGGAUGCAGUUGUCCGGGGCUACUUCCUCGUUAAACACUAUGCCGACGCAUCCACGGUGCUUCAAGAUCUGUGGUCGACCGUAUUACCUGAAGAGACUCAACCCGCUCCGAGGACACCUCUGCGGACAUUAAUGGAUAUUCUACGAAGAGAGGAGAGACUGCGGUACCCGUCAGCGCCAAAACUGGGACACAGGCUUCCAGAGACAAUCCGUGGCAUUCAAACCAAUCUGCGACGGAUGGCAAAGCGCGACCCAGAGGAAGCUGGCCCUCCAGCGGUCAACUAUUUUCUCUCAAAAGUGGAGUAUUUGGCAAAUGGGGAGUCAGAUUCAGUGCAGACAGAGGGGAAUCCAGACAGUAAGCUAGAAUAA